GAAGUGAAAGGAGAGGCCCCUUUCAGGAAGGCACCAGCCCUGUAUGUCGCCAGAAGCCCUUGGGCAAGGCAACCCAGGCAGCACCUAAAAGGGUGAGCAAGUGGCAGUGGAUCAGAGAAGGGACAAUGGCAGGGGUCCGGAGGGCACUUCUGCUGACAGUGGGCUUGGCAGUAAUGGCCUGUGUGGCCCAACACCCUCAGAACUAUGAGGCGAUUGUCACCCAGGCCUUGCAGUUCUUCAACUAUGGGCGACCAGGACAGCCCCUUUUCCGCUUGCUGGAAGCCACCCCGCGGCCUGGCUCGAACACCACCACCACGAUGCUGCUCGCCUUCAGGGUCAAAGAGACGGUGUGCCUCGUCGGAGAGCGGAGGCAGCCCCAGGAGUGUGCCUUCAGGGACGGUGGGGAGGAGAGGAACUGCACCGGCUCCUUCUUCAGGCUGUGGCGGUACCGCAUCCUGACUGUUGACUGCCCUCGGGGCCAAAAGCGACAGCGAAAGCUCCUCCGGGAGAAGCGAUCUGCCGCGCCCCCAGAGGCAGCCGCUCUGGAUGUUGACAGCUCCAAGCUGCCGCCUGCAAUCAGGGACAUGUAUGAGAAAGCCAAGUUCGACAUCAUCUCCAACAUCCUGAGGAAUUUCUAGGGCUGGAGAAGGAAGGGGAGGCCCUGCCUCCCCACCACAACCCCCUCUUCCUACCCAUCCAUUCCCUGUCGCCCUCAGCAGCCCCUUCCCUGCAUUGUCUGAGCCCACCCACACUCCUCUGCUUUCGCACACCUCUGCUUCUUCCUGCCUGUGUCUGUAAAUCCUACUCCUCCUCCAAGGCACGGCUCCAAAGUCACCUCCUCCAGGAAGCCUCCCUGCUUUCCCCUGGGCAAAAGUGUUCCCUCCUCAGAGCGUUCAUGUUCCUCAAACCACGUGGCCAGACGGCUCUAUGUGUUCUCACCGCUGUGCCCUUCAGAGCCAGCUGCAGGUGGCAGUGGAGUGAGUUUAUCAGUGAGGUGCUCCUGGGAAGGUAGCUCCAUUUGUGCAGGACCCUGAGUACGCCCGCUCCCAGCCCAGGUACUGUGACAAUAAAUGUCCCCUCACAUAUGCAGGCACUUCCAAGAGGGUCAGCCCAUCCUUGGAGAGAGGCUCAAUAAAAUAUU